AUGUUAAUUUUUAUAAUUGCUUCUGUUUAAUCAUUAGAUAUUUAACUCAUUAAUUUGCAAUAAGUUUACUAUAGUGUCCCAAUUACAGCCAAUAAUUUCACUUAUAAUUUAAUUGUGGAUACAGGAAGUGAUACUCUUUGGAUAUUUGGAAAAUAAAAUAAUAGGAGAAAAUAUUAUGAAUGUAAUUAGUGUCAAGCUAUUAUGCAAAAGAGAUUAGAUUAUGGUUUGGGAAGCAUUUAUGGUACAUAAUUCACAUAAUUAUUUGAAUUUGCAAAUCGAUCAUUGAAUUUAUCAGUUGUAGAAGUUCAAAUAGUUUAAGAUUUAGAUUCUUUAAUUGCUGAUGGAAUCAUUGGUUUAAGUAAAUAAUAUCCUGAUUCUGAUGCUAACCUUAUUGAUCUUUUAUAUAAUCAUAAAAUCAUUGAUUCAAAAUAAUUUGGAUUAUUACUUGAUGAUUAAAUAUGUUCUGUUAAUUCUUUAUUGACUUUAGGUAAACCAAAUUAAUCUAAUUAUGUGGGAUAAUUAUAAUAUAUUAAUACAACAAGGAGUGAAUUAUGGAAUGUGUAUGCCAAUUCUGUAUUUAUUUCUAAUACUACACAUUAACAAAUGUUAGAGUCAAAUAAAUAAUUAAUCUUGUUUGAUAGUGGCACAUCUAAAAUUAUGUUGUCAUCUAAAAAAUUUCAUAGUUUACAUAACAUAUUUAACGAUGAUUAUAAUUUAAAUUGCGAAUAAGUAAAACAUAAUUAUUUUCAUGAAUUAGUAUGUCAUUUUAAUACUUAAUUUCCACAUCUAAUUCUUAAUAUAAAUUCUUAAUUAAAUUUAACUUUACUUCCCUAAGAUUACAUAUCCUAUUGUGGAUACAAUUAUUUUUUAUAAUAUAGAUGUUAUUUGAAUUUCUAAAACUUAGACAAUGAUGAUGAAAUCAUUCUAGGAGUAGUAUUUCUAUAGAAAUAUUAUACACAUUAUGAUCUAUAAACUUAAUAAGUAGGCAUUGCAUAAUCAUACUACUAUAGUAAUAAUUUUUUUAUAAAUUUUAGAAAGAGACAAGAUAAACUUGACUCAAUUGGGAAAUUAAUACAAUUAUAACAUGCUCUAUCUCUCUUUGAUGUCCAUUCCUAUAUUAAUAUUAUUUAUGAUUCUAAGCAUGAAUAUUAUAAAAUGGAGGUAGAAUUAAGAUUAGAUAUCCUAAAGUAAUGAAGGUAAUCAUUAAUCAAGAGGGUAAGAAUAAGAAAUGGAACCUAUUAAAUUUUCGGUUUAAUCGGCAAGAUGA